UCGCGCUCGAAGUGUUAGCAUAUAGACUGAGUCUGUGGUGUAAGUCUAAGUAAAGAUGUCUGGCUGUCUGCUUCUUCACUGACUUUUCUCUUACAUUUAAUAUCAGUACGUACAUAUUUGCAAUGGCAGACCCACUGAUCUAUAUACUUGUCACUUUUACUGCUAAAAGUGGAGAAUUGGGCAUUGGCACAUUGGAGGCCAUAGCAGUGCCGAAAGAUUUCCAUGACCAAAGUUUCGAUCAUCAGCUCGAGCAAUUAAAAGGUUUUAUUGGAACAAAAAAAGUUAUUGGAAUCAAUUGGCCUAAGUUUCCCAGCAAUCCUGGUUGGAACCUACCAGUUCAGUCGACUACCAAAUCUAGAUCCCAAGUUCAACAUGAAGUGAGAUCAUGUAAAGUUAUCUCGUUCUCAGAGGACAGAGAUGUGGUGGUGGCAGUACGUGAUGCCAUGGUGCCUCCUAUCAGUGUCAAAAAGGCAGUAGCCAAAAAAUCAACUCCGAAGUCAUCUGCAACUCAGAAACAUGGCACUGGCCAUAAAUCUACCUCUCCACCACGUAACUUGCCAGUUGAAAAGUCAGCAACAGUUAUUAGGAAGACCAUGGGCAUCUCAGAAGAAGACAUGGAAGGGUUAGAUUGCCAUUUGAUCACUGGGGAAAAUGAAGACAAGUCCGAUACAUCUGCUGACAGCAGCCUUGAUCAUGAUGAUAAUCAGCAACGAUUUUUUUCUUCAGAAUCAGAGGACGAAGAUUUGAUUCCUCCUACUCCACCUCCGCCUCCAAUGAAGAGAAAACGAGGCGAUCAGUCUUUCAAAUCAUCGAGCGACACCAAAUCUAAGAGAAAUUCAAGUCACAACAAGGAAAAUUCAUCUGUCACACCAAGAAGAAACGAAAAGUCAUCAGCAAAGAAUUCUGAUCCUCAGAUUCUUACUUCUUUGGACGUCAACAUAGUUGACACCCCCCCAAGUUCCACAACAAAAGAAAACCCGAAGCGUGUGCAGGACGAACAAUGGACGGAGCUAGUUGAUGCUGAGUUUCAUGGCCGUAAUGAAUACAUGGAUCAAAUUGAUGAGCUGAAAAAGAAAUCUCGUUUCUCAACGAGCAAAUUCGGAAUUCUACCUUUGAUCUAGAAAUUGAGAGACGUGAUUUCGAUGACAGAAUUUCCGAAAAAGAUGCUACAAUUCUUCGCUUACAAGAAGAAGUAAAGUCCCUGAAAGAGAUGAAUCCCCUGGCCUUGUCCAAAAGUCUUAAUGAAGGGUUGGUUAUACUGCAGUCCACUUUGGAAACCUUGACAAUUAGUCAACUUAAUUCUGAACAAUCACGUGUUCAGUUGCAAAGUGAAAGCAGUAGAAGAACCAACAAAGUCAAGCUUCACAAAGAUUAUGAC